CCCAAAGCCACUUCAACAGUUGAUGUGGGCGGUCGAGCGGAGCUCGUGUUCUCUCCUUCUUCGCUAAACGCAUCAGUGGGCAGCAUCAUUGUGUUUAACUUCCUUGCUUCGAAUCAUACAUUGACCCAGAGCACCCUAUCGAGCCCUUGUCAAUACAACGGAGGUUUUGACUCUGGCUUUAGGCAGUUCAACCCAGCAAACAUAAGCGGAAAGUUUGUCAUUGAGUAUGAGGUUCAGAAAGAAGAUCCGCAGUGGUUCUUUUGCGCCCAAAGUGUCAAGGCAUCCCAUUGUCACGCAGGCAUGGUUUUUAGUCUUAAUCCUGGUGGGGCGCAUCCCGUGUUUUUGCAGAAUGCUCAUUCAGCAGUCACCGCGAAAAUUCAACCCACACUUGCCUGCCAGCAGCCUACAUCGGACCAGCCUUCUCACAACAGAACU